AUGUUAAUACCACCCGGCGCGGUCCUUUUCUGCUACUGCUGCUGCGGGCUCCUCCGUCCGAGACAGAUGUUGCGAAACCAAGGCCUCCUCAAGUGCCGCUGCCGCAUGCUCUUCAAUGACCUGAAGGUCUUCCUGCUGCGGAGACCCCCCGCGCCGCCCUCGCCGCCGCCGCCGCUCCCCAUGCCCGGCGGCGCAGAGGCGGCUCCGCCCGGGGCGCGCGGGCCCGGCUGGCGGGCGGCGGCGGCGGCGGCGGCGGCGGCGGCGGGCGGCGGGGCGGGCAGCCCGGGCAACGAGGAGUGGGGCAGCCCCGCCGGGGAGCCGCCCGCCUCCCUGCCCAGCAGCACCUCCUCGGAUGACUUCGGCAAGGGCAAGGCCGAGGACCGAUACUCGCUGGGCAGCAGCGUCGACAGCGGCAUCCGCACCCCGCUCUGCAGGAUCUGCUUCCAGGGGCCCGAGCAGGGGGAGUUGCUGAGCCCAUGUCGAUGCGAUGGAUCGGUGAAGUGCACACACCAGCCAUGUCUGAUCAAAUGGAUUAGCGAGAGAGGCUGCUGGAGCUGUGAGCUGUGUUACUACAAGUAUCACGUCAUUGCCAUAAGCACAAAGAACCCUCUGCAGGUAAAGUGGCAGGCCAUCUCUCUGACAGUCAUUGAGAAGGUUCAGAUAGCAGCGGCCAUCCUGGGUUCCCUCUUCCUCAUCGCUAGUAUCUCAUGGCUCAUCUGGUCGACCUUCAGUCCUUCAGCCAAAUGGCAGCGUCAGGACCUGCUCUUCCAGAUCUGCUAUGGAAUGUACGGCUUCAUGGACAUUGUCUGUAUAGGUCUAAUAAUACACGAAGGGCCCUCGGUUUACCGGAUUUUUAAACGGUGGCAGGCGGUCAAUCAGCAGUGGAAAGUGCUGAACUAUGACAAAACAAAGGACAUGGAGGAACAAAAAACAGGGACCAGGACAAAUCAGCGCCCCUCCUCCCAAACCACCCACUCGUCCUCCACUGGUGGUACAGCCACUAACUCCGCUCCAGCCGACAGCGGGGCACGGGCUGCCGGCCAUGCCACAGGCACCCUCUCUGACCACCACUGUGCUUAUACCAUCCUGCAUAUACUCAGCCACCUGAGGCCUCACGAACAGAGGAGUCAGUCUAGUAGUAACAGAGAGCUCGUCAUGAGGGUCACGACGGUCUGAGCCGAGGAAUUCAGGAGGCCUUAACAUGAAGAGGAGACAAAGAACUCAUAAAGCAGAGGAGCAUGGUGUGCCUUUUUCUUUCUCUUUCCUUUCUUUUUUUUUUUUCUUUUUCCUCCUCUCCUUUUCUUUUUCAAUAACUGCACAAGUUGUAAGAGGCGACACCUGGCCAGCUGAGGAAAAAAACAGGUGGAGGGAGAGCUGCACACUCAUGCUUAAGAGUUUUCCAGCCAGUUUGAAAAAAAAAAAAAAAGAAAAAAAAAAGAAAAAAACCAACAUGAAUCACAAAAAAAAAAAAACAACAACAA